UGUUGCCGAUGCUGUGGGUAUCUGCAUAGAGAUAUAAUCCUAGAUGCCGCGCGACGGCGCCUGUGACGAUUCUAGCGGUCCGCCAUCUUGGGAAGGUGAAGUCUUGCUUAAAGGAAGGUAUUCGCUGUGAUACUAAAUGCAACCGACAUGAAUGAAGUCGAAAGGAACGUUUUGCUGAAGCGACACCGUGACCUAGUGGAUACAAUCGACCCUUAUGAACUGAGGCCGUUUCUGUACUCUAAAGGAGUUCUCCCUGGCCCAACAUACCUCGACGACAUCCCAAUAAGAACUAAAAGAGCGGAGAUCUUUUUGGGGUACAUUGUGGAUACCUGCUCAUUCUCGUUGUUUCUAGAGGCUUUAUCUGAGGACGAUGCGUUCGAUUUUCUUGCUGUAAAACUUCGGGAAGACUUGGAAAAUAUCACACGGCAGAAUGAUCAUGAGAGCCAGAAUGUCUACCAUGAGUUAAAGGAAGAUUUGAAUUCUACAAAACGUGGAAUGGUAGUCUCGUUCCGACAUAAGCUCAAAAGGUAUUCGAUGAGUGGAGCUACAGAAGAAUUCUUUCAAGAAUGUCAGAAAAUCACAGACAGAUGGAAAGCCAUACCAAAACCGGCGAAAUUUCUCUCUAACAAUAAAGACCUUGCAGACAUGUACGCCAUGGUACUGGAUGCAAAAAUGGAGAGAAGACGAAUUUUGUACGACAAGACACUUCAUACAGAUGAGGAAUUGUUCGACGCGAUGCUAGGUAUGUCCGCUUAUACCUCCUCAGCAAAUCUGCCAGUAGCUAUGUAUCUAGUGCGUUACGGUUCGGCCCUUCUAAUGGCAGGGAAGCCAGUAGAAGAAGCACUCAGCCAUGUAGAACAAGCCAAACAGCGUCUCCAGACACUUCCAGCUUGUCUUGAAUCUGGUGUUGUUCUUUAUAUUGAAUACAACAUGUUAAUUUCUAAAAAGUACGAAAAUAUGCCUACAGAUAAAAUGAAAAAUCGACUGUUAAAAAUAGGCGCACAGGCAAUUGAUCAUUUCGGUCAUGAACAGGAAACGGUUGGAAAGGACUUUCGAAGAAUUUUGUUGAUAAAACAAGCUCUUUUACUACUGGGAAUAGGACUUUUCCUUAACAAUUUGGACAGUGUUAUUGUCUCAAAAGAAGACAGGGAACGCGCCGAAAAGCUUCUGCAAGAAAUUCCAACACCGAACUAUUGGGAAAGGAUGGAACCCCGCUGGAAAGUUCGUUACCAUGCAGCAAAAAGCAAACUAUUUCUUCUUAAAGACCAAAUGCCAGAAUCUCUGAGUGAGAUUAAUAUAGCCUCGGAAUAUGCAACUGCUGCGGAUUCCGAAAAAGAAGUUGACAAUAUCAAAGAAACAGUUGCCUUUCUGAGUGAAAGGCAAAAACUGAGCUUCGAGUAACUCAUCUUUAGAAAACUUAUUCAUUGUUUAGAACUGUAACUUAGUAUUGUAACUCUCGUGGAAUUUUGUCUGAAUUGUUUUGUAUACUAACAAAAACAGCGUCCUGCUUUCAAAUGUUAGUAAAUUCGUUAAUGUCAAACAACACAACAAGUACACAUAUAACAUCAUACAUGUAUCCGGACCAACAAAAACAGCGUCCUGCAUUCAAAUGUUAGUAAAUUCGUUACUGUCAAACUACACAACAAAUUAAUGUGUUGUUGAAACGUGAUAUAUAUAGCAUCACGUAACAGAGUAUUGUAGGAACAAGUGUAUGUGUGUGGUUCUUCAUGUAUAUCCGUGUGUACGUCUCUGUGUAAAUACUUCAUUCUAUAUUUAUCGCAUUGGUGACAUAUCUUCCCCUCCAUCUCUGUAACUCUUCAUCUAUGGAGGAAGUAGAGAAAAUAUCAAUAAUAAUAAUAAUAUCUUGGUUAAAAAAAAUUAUGAUAAUAUGCUUAUCGGACGCUUAGUGUGUUUAUGGGUUGUCCCCCCCCCCUCAACAACCCCCACCCCCACCCCUACCCCUCACCAACUUAAAUUAAAAGUUGAUCUCGUAGGUCCUCCCUUACUUACUUAUACGAUUUCACGUUAUGUAUGUUUGUUUAUAUCAUGAUCAGUUUCAGGUAAACAUAUAAGGGAUGUAAAUAAUUACUUACUACUGAGAUCUGAUAAUCAGACUAAUAUCGGCUAUGUCUGAUGUCGAGCCCUUUGUACAAUU